CGGUGGUGUCCAUUGAGCGAGCGGGAGCGUUGAUUGGCCGUCGGGGUGGCCAAUGGGAUUAUCUAGGGAAGGAGGAGGCGUUCCCGUCCAGGGGGGGGCGGAAGAUGGCGGCAGGAACGGGCCCGGGGGUCCCGGACGGGGGCCCUGAGGUGCCAAACCGCGACCGCGGCGCCUUCGAAUGUAACAUCUGCCUGGAGCCGGCCCGGGAGGCGGUGAUCGGGCUCUGCGGGCACCUGUACUGCUGGCCCUGCCUGCACCAGUGGCUGGAGACCCGCCCCGAGCGCCAGGAAUGCCCCGUCUGCAAAGCCGGCAUCAGCCGCGACCAGGUCAUCCCACUCUACGGCCGGGGCAGCGCCGGCCAGCAGGACCCCAGAUUGAAGACCCCCCCUCGGCCACGGGGGCAGCGCCCAGAGCCGGAGAGCCGCGGGGGCCUGCCUCCGCCCUACCACGACGCCGGCUUCCACAUGGCCUUUGGCAUCGGAGCCUUCCCCUUCGGGGUCUUCACCACCGUGCUGCGGGGGCCCGAGGCCAGAAUGAAGCCGGCGCCCCCCGUCCCUCGGGCUGGCAGGAUUCGCUCUUCCUCUUCCUGGCCAUCUUCUUCUUCUUCUGGCUCCUCAGCGUCUGACCCCAGGGGGCCCAGCCCCCCAACACGGCCCCAGGACACUGCUGGACUCGACCUGCCCCGCCCCCAACACGGGCCCGGGACACUGCCGGACUCACGUCCUGCCCCGGCCCACACGGACGAGGAGGGGGGUCUCCCCGCCCCCUGUGUGGGCUGAGAACGGGGGACUGAUGGUGGGUUUGGGGGUGAUGUGGGCCCCCAAGGGGCUGGGCUGACCCCCGCUUACACUACACAAUAUAAAUGUCUGUGGCACCCCCUGCAGGCAGGCCCAGGAACUGCAGCUGGACAGAAGUGCAGCCGGGGGGUGCCCCGUGCUAGUGGGGGUGGUUUGGGGGGGUAGCAGGAGCCUGGGGGGGCUCUCUGGCUAUUGGUAUAAUGGUGGUUGAAUGGAGGUGAAGAGCAGCUGGGAAUGGAGGGUGGGGGGCAGGGGGGAUUUGGGGUUCACAGUGUACGUUCCCAGCACUGAUUAAAACACCAGUGAUUCUUCA